AAGAAAAAAGAAAAAAAAAAUUAUUAUUAUAUCGAUUUAUCAUCGCCGUCAUGGAGAAACGCUUGUUACCACGCAUGUAUGCAUCUCUCAUGGCAAAGUGGUGGGGAGAUACGUGAUACCGGGAUACCGAGACACGAAGUGUGAAGUUUAGUUUUGCUUACGACGACCUUUAGUUCUAGCGCUCUUGUCCUCUGACCUAUCGUACAUCUCGUAUAACAUUAACAGAGAUAGAAAGAGAUAAUAAUAAUAUACUUUCAGUUAAAAUUAAUACAAAUAAUAAGUGUUACAUUAUAUAUUUUAGUGGUUUCGUUUUGAUAUGUGCCAUUUCUCCCGCCAAAAGUUAUUGUUUCUAGUCACGUGAUCAACUCCCUCGGUUCUAUCAUUAUGGAAUCAAAUAGUCCAACUUCAGAUCUCACCCUAGAUCUCAGCAAUUCUCGGCAUCAUUAUCAUUAUCAUCAUCGUCAUCACCAUCACCAUCAUCAUCGACGUAACGACAGCCAGAACCAAAACCACAACAACAAUAACAGUAUUAUCAAUAACAACAAUAAAAAUAACAACAAUAACAACGACUCGAUAAGCCUUGUGACGAGCGAACCUCAGGAAGUCGUGAUGAAGGAGAAAAGUAAGACAGCGGCCCGAUGGCGCCGGGAAAAGGAAAAUAAGGAAUAUCUUGAACUUGGAAAACUGCUGCCACUUCCGUCGACCAUCACCUCACAAUUGGACAAAGCCAGUAUUAUCAGGCUAACCACUAGCAACCUCAAGAUGAGAGCACUAUUUCCUCACGGGUUGGGGGAUGACUGGGGUACUAGACCACCUCCUAGUAGUCCUUUAGAAGCAGGCAUUAAAGAAUUAGGAUCACUUUUUUUAAAAACUCUGGACGGUUUCGUAUUUGUCGUGACACCCGAUGGAAAAAUCGUCUACGUUAGUGAAACGGCCAGUGUACAUCUAGGAAUGUCUCAGGUUGAAUUAACAGGUAACAAUAUAUAUGAAUACAUUUGUCAGUACGAUCACGAAGAGAUGUUUUCGGUAUUGAAUCUCCCACAAAAUCCGGCGGAUCUCACCGACUUUAUGUUUCCACCGCCGAACUCACGUGGUGAAAUCGACCUAGAACGUGUCUUCUUCCUGAGAAUGAAGUGUAUCUUAGCGAAGAGAAGCGCGGGUCUUGUCACGGAAGGAUACAAGGUUAUUCACUGUUCGGGUUACCUCAAAUGCAUCAUUGAAAGUUCAACCGGCUCGGAAUACGAAGAUGGUGCUGCUGGUAGAUGUAUCAGGAAUAUUUGUCUCCUAGCCGUCGGCCAUUCCUUUCCAACCUCCGCCAUUACAGAAAUCAAACUUUACAACAAUAUGUUCAUGUUCAGGGCGUCCCUCGAUCUCAAGAUGAUAUUCAUCGACUCGAACGCAACGAAUUUAACAGGCUACCAACCACAGGAUCUCAUCGAGAAAACUCUCUACCAUUACGUACAUGGAAGCGACGCGUUACAUCUGAAACAAGCACAUCGAGUUCUACUACGAAAGGGUCAAGUGACAACAAAGUACUACAGAUUUCUAACGAAAUUGGGCGGUUGGGUGUGGAUGCAAUCGUAUGCCACGGUCGUUCAUAAUACAAGAAGCUCAAGGCCUCAUUGCAUCGUCUCAGUGAAUUAUAUUUUAACAGAGAUUGAAAACAUGGGACUGGUGUUGAAUUGCGUCGAGGGACCUUGUUCCACGAGUCCUAGUAAUCCAUCUAGCACGGCCUUAACAACACCAACGACAAGUGCCAAUACGAACAAAUUGGAAAAUCACAGUCCAAGUUCGCCGUCCUUUCGUGGAAGAGUCAAAGAAUCACCAGAUACGGAUUAUACAGACAGUUCCGGUUAUUCUGGUACAGAAUUCAUAGCCUGUUCUACGAAUUAUAGUCAUUUUCUUUCGUCCCCUUAUGCCGUUAACGGACCGAUGCUCGAAGAUGGCACUUAUUACAAUACCGAAGUUUUUCACUUGUACGGAGAUAUAAGUCACGAUCCACUUACCACGGUACCACCACCGCCACAACAACAACAGCAACAACAACAACAACAACAACAACAACAACAACAACCACAAGAAACACAUCAUCAUCAAAUACAAAGUAAUCAACAGAGGAGGCCAUAUUCUACGUCAUCCAGUUCUUGCGGUAGCACCGAUGCUAUGGAUAACCAUUUACCUAGUCCAAUCGGUUUACAUUCUAUUCCGUCAGGAUAUCAUCCACCUCCUCCUGCACCUCAUCCACCUCAUCAUCAUCCGCAUCAUCAUCAUCAUCAUCACCACCACCACCAUCACAAUCAGCAUCAGCUUGCAGACUCGACCUCGUCGAGCAUCACAGAAACAGGUGGCAGUGUCAUCAUGUAUUCCGAUUGUGGCUUUGAUAACAACGACGUUUACAGUGGUGUACCAACGACAACGCCAACGACCCUUCAACAUCACGAUGCCUCUUAUCAGGCACAAAGAAAUACAAACGGAACUGCCGGGAACAAUGUUAAACAACAGCCCCAACAUCAUCACCAUAUCGAACAAUCAACCGCUGGUUAUACAAGCGUUAUCGUCGACUCUCAACAAUAUAGUCCAAAUGCUACGCAAGAUCUUCACCCCCAUGCUGGUCAUCAUCAGGUUGUCACGUCGAGUGGUACCACGUCUCCUCUAGUAACGCAUCAUCAGCAUUAUUACGAAACGCAUCACCAAUUCGUUCACUGACACCAAACGAUGAUGCGAGUGAUGCUUGUCGUCGAGACAUCAACAAGCUUACGAAUUCAAUAAUUCUAGGACUCAAUGAUUAUCCUGCAAUUUUAUUGAGAUUUAAUCGGGCUCCUUUGAAGUAUAAUGAAUGAAAAGAUUGAAUAGAAAAAUAAUAAUAAUAGUAGUAAUAAUAAUAAUAAUAAUAAUAAUAAUAAUAAU